AUUAAAAUUAACCAGAUUUCAUUUAAUUGAAUGAAAAUUACUGACUUCAUAAGCAUGUAGGGGUCUCCCAGCCUUCAAAAGGCUCUCAAUGUUGUCCAGAACCUUGUCAAGUUUCUCAGCUGAAUAUGACAUUUUGAAGGCACAAUAAUAUGAAGAGUAUUGCUGAAGGAUGAUACAGUCUGAGUGGCUACACAGAGAAUAAUUGUGUUCUGUUUGAUUUGAUUAUUAUACACCCUAUUGACUGUGUGAAGAUUUAGUCUCAUAUAUAUUGUGACAUAAUGGCAGGUAUGCAUGGCUCUUCAACCUCUAUUGGUUCCACAUCCAGCUCAAAACUUCCUCCAGAGAGCAAGAUAUCAACUGAAAGCCUGGGAUCCACUGUCAAUAUCCAUCCUCAAAAGCCAUUUGUCUUGAAUCUACUGGGAGUGGUCACCAAUGUUAGACCAACCUUUGUGAAGCACCACAGAUUAAUCAUGGCCAUCUUAGGUGCCAUUUUAGGCUUUGCCAUUGGAACAAUACUAAACAAAACAAGUCACCAUACACUCCAACGUUAUGCUCUCAUCAGCCUGCUGGACUUCCCAGCAAGAAUGUUCUUCAAUCUGAUCAGGAUUUGGUAUCAACCUAUCCUUUGCUUUGUUGUGGUCCACUUCACCUUGAGGCUUGAGAAGGACAUUUUUGCUCUCUUUUUAACAAUCAUAAUGCUAUCCAUCAUUUUCCACACACUUUGUGGUGCAAUGACAUUUGGGUGGAACUACUACUUCUGGACACAAAGUGGGAGAGCAAGACCAGAUGAACUGCUGCAAAAUGGCACCAUCUAUGACUCAUUUGGUGAGAGAGAGCACCUGCAAAUGAUUGCCUAUAUUCCAAAGGACUUCAUUGGGUCCUUCAUGCCAAUGUCUCCAAUCCUCAGUGGAUUUCAGAGGAAGGUGACAACUUUGAAGUACCCUCCAAACUUUAUGGAAAAGGAGAAGGCAAUCAAAGACCCAGAAACCAUAUUUGCACCAAAUGAUCUUGGCCUGUUGACCAUGUUCUUACUGGUGGGCAUUGUGAUAGCAUGGCUCAAGCCCCUGGGGAAAACACUGAGGAUCAUCAUAGCUCAAGCCACAUGCAUGUUUGUUCCUUUGUUCAACUGGCUUUUGGCAUUUUCCCCACCAUUUCUGGCACUGUCUGCAAUGUCCACUGCAAUGAAGUAUCCUGUGCCCUUGGAAGUGGUUAUGCAUUACAAAGGAUUGACUGCUGUCUUGUUGUCAAGAGUUGGCCAUGCAAUUGAGUAUACCUCAUGUGCAGCCUUCUUUUUGGGUAUGAGAGGGAGACCAAUGCCAGUGUCCACAACUAUUUACACUGUAUUUUACUCCAUGGCAACACCUUGGUUCUUUUUGGAUGAAGUGGAGCUAUUUGUGACCAGAGGUGCAGCUCAAGGACCAUCUUACAACAUAGACAUUGACUACCCUUACAAGGAGUUUUUCAGGCUUGACUUGCAGGACAAGACCUACAUUGCAUUGAAGCCUGAGAUCAACAAGCUGGUCACAUACAGCUGGUACACUCAUAAGAACAUAGCUGUGGCUGCCUUGGGGAAGCUUGAAAAAAGUCUGGUGACUGCUUUGACUAUGAGGAAGGCUGAGAAGGACAAGAAGGAGAUGGACACUAGGAUGUUGUCAAAGGAAAACAGUUGGUUCAGUCCACUGUCAAGGGGUCUUGGAGCAACUGCUGCUGGUGAGAUGCUGCCAAAGGAUGAAGAGCUUGGCCAUGAUAGACUGGAUAUGCAACAGCUCCAGAUGGCAGGAGCCAUACUCCAGGUGCUCCUGGAAAGUUUGUUUGACCCUGUCCUUGCUGCUGAUACAAGCCUUGUCCUGAACUUGAAACCCCUGCACCAAUUUGCUGUUGCUGCUGGUUGCCAACAGCAGCAGUGGGAUUGUAUUCAGAAAUCGACAAGCAACUCCAAUCCCGUGAUGCCGAAUUCCGGCGCAAAUUUCGGCAGUGUCUCCAUGAAAUCACUCAAGGGUGGAAAGUGUUCUGGAAUAUUUCCAUUGGAAGCACUUCUUUUCUUUCGUCCAGUACCGCGAAUGGCCGUGACAAGUAAUCGAAGUGCGUACGUGAGGAAGGCCACGACAGCGAUUCCAGUCAGUGCGACGUCAAAUGUUUGCACGGAAAUGGUUCCCAAGACUCAUGAGAGAAAGCAGGAUUUACCUUCUUCCGGUUGUGUUUCUGCGAAUGAGGUUCGUCAAAAUCCGUAUCGCGAAAAUGAGGAAUGCGGCGACUGCGAUUCCCGUCAGUGCAAAGUCGAAGGUGUACGGCGAGAUUUCACCGAGUACCUGAUUUCCAAACUGCCGCGAUUGCGGUUGCAUUUCUUGUCAAUCGAAUCCACGAUCUCUUUCGCCUGCGAAGUGAUCCAGAGAAAGUCUGGGAAAAUUUUCGUCACGUGUAUGCCGCAUAUUCUCGACCCUCCGUCUUUCGAAAGC